AUGAGAAACAAUUUUGAUGCAUAAUUCAUUCAAACUGUAAAUCUUGACUCUUUUUCAAAUGUAAUGGAUGAAAAAUCAUAAGAUUAGGGUCACAAGUCCAGAGCUAGACCAAGAUUACCAAUUUUUGGUAUCAUAGAGGAAGUUCAAUUGAACGAACCCCUAGUAUUUAUUAGGUCUUUGAGCUUCAAAAGGCAAACUCUUAUUCUGAAAAAAUUUAAGAAUAGAAAUCAGGAGUAGUCAAUUGAAUAUUGGCUUAGAACAUUACUCAAUCAGUUUGGACUUUGGAAAUGUCACUUUAAACAAUUCCUGAUUGAAUUAAGAAAUUUAAUUUGGCUAAAUUUUGAGUCAGACUCGAAGACUGGUUUGAGAUUAAUUUUGAAAAGUAAUUCUGCUUUUGAUUAAGAAAAUAAUGAAAAAAGAGUUUUGAUUUUGAAUUGCGAUACUUGUGAUAAAUCCUAAACUGUAUCUGCAUUUGUUACUCUUUUAAAAUACUUGAGGCUCAAAAUGAUUAUCCAGUAAUCCAUUGAAACAAAUAAGAUUCAACUAGUAUACAAGACUGAAUCAUAUCUUGCUAUGAUCAUAUUUGAGGUCAUAUUGUAUUUCAAAAAUUUUGGAAUUCCUCAUAUCAUUCUGGCUUAGAGUCCACAUUCAGAGAAAUAAGUGAGCUAGAAUCUGGAUGUUGGCAAUAGUGAUGAAAAUAAGCAACUAUAAGAAAACUAGCUUGAUUUUCAAGAUAAAAAGUCUUAGAAGAAGCAGUUUUUCAUUGUCAAAAAAAUUAAGCAAAAAGGAAAUCAUCACAUAUGGGAGAAUCUUGUAUACCGUCCUAAGAACUAAAGUUCUACUGAGAGUUCCUCAAUAGAUAACGAGGAGAGACAUACCCCUGUUGAAUCAUAUCUCUAAACAAAGGACUAUGCCAAGUUAUUUGAGGAAUCUCAACUCUAGAAGGAAGUUUAAAUGAAAUAAGAAGAAAAAGCACCCAAAGUUUGCUAUGCUGAAGGAUACCAUUAAUCAAGUACAGCUCAAUAGGAUUCUAGUCUGAUCCCUAUUCCUAAGAAUGCUAACCUUAAGGAAAACUAUAAAGUUGUCAUUCCAAGAUCUUGCAAGGAGCUUGGUAUCAAAGCCCGUAACUAUUCAGACAAUGAAAUCCGCUAGUUCAAUGUUGUAAUGAGUAAAAUCAACCAGGAUGGAAGAACAUCAUUAAUGAUUAAGAAUAUUCCUAAUAAGUAUUCUGUCAAAAUGCUCAAAGAAACCAUUGAAAUGACUCAUAAAAGCAAAUAUGACUUCCUUUAUCUGCCUAUUGAUUUUCAGAAUAAGUGCAAUGUUGGCUAUGCCUUCAUCAACAUGAAGUCUAUUGACUUUGUCAAGAGCUUUUAUCUCAGAUUCAAUGGCAAUAAGUGGGAGUACUUUAACUCAGAAAAGAUUUGCGAGAUUACUUAUGCUAGACUUUAGGGCCUCCAUUCACUCAAAAAACAUUUUCAAACAUCAAGUAUAAGAAUCUAAAGAGAUUAGAAAUUAAAGCCAGUUAUUUUGAAUUGA